AUGGUGGCCCCUCGCCCUCGAGAGCCCCUGGUGCUCUUCCUUGCAGCCACCCCUUAUUCCGCCAGCGUAGGCCUGGUAGCAGUCCGAAAGGAGCGUCAGGCCUCGGCCGCCGUCGCACUCCCGGCCGAGGCAGAACAGGGCCCGGAAGGCCUCGCAGAGACCAUGACCGCAGCAGAGAAAGAUCAGCCCCGCCAAGAGAGCGCACCAGGAGCAGAGGAGGCUCCUUCAGGCGACCAAGGACUAAGGGCCGCGCCGCCCCAGGCGGCGCCCCGGCCUCCAGAGGAUGCGGGCCGCGCCAGCACCCUCAAUCUUGUCGAGCACCCGGUGUACUUCCCCUCCCCCGAUCCACUUUCCCCCCCACUACCCCCACUCCCCGAUUUCUCCUCCCUCCCCCUUCCCCAUCUGGAUCGAGGGGGGGGCAACGACCCCGCGACCCUGACACCGGUGCCCGUCCCCGGCGCCGCCCCGCUGCCGUCGCCUCGCCUCCUCGCCCCUCCUUCGCACCACGAGACGCCGCGUGAGGCCUCUGCCUCGCCACGCCGUUGCCGAACGUUGCCACCUCACCGCGCCGUCGCCGGACCUCAACGCCUUCGCCAGCUUGCCGGACUGCCGCCUCCUCGUCCCCUCCACGCCGGCCGCCCCGAACUUCGCCGACCGAACCCCUGCACCGGGGUAGACUCCGAGACUGCUAUUGAUGCCCCUAUGAUCGACUACGUCACCGACGACACUUCUUCCCUUUCAAUGGAGCUUCCUGAUGGUGGAUCCCAGGAGCCAGAUGCUACCCCCAACAGCUUAUACUACUACCCCAAUGGUGCUAGCUACUAUGUGGAGACCGCCGACGACCAGGAGUAGUUAGGAGGUCCCAGGCAGGAGGCCUUGCCUCUUCGAUCGUGUUGCUUUUGUGCUAGCCUUCUUAAGGCAUCCUUGUUUAACUUAUGUUUGUACUCAGAUAUUGUUGCUUCCACUGACUCUUGUGUAUCAAGCUUG